UAUUUUUUCUUCAUGUCAUAAAGCAAAUAAAUGCAUACAACUUAAGUUACAUGUACUGACAACAAGCAUAUAAAUUUAUUGAAUUAGUUGAUUAUGACUACUCCAGAAAGUGAAGAUUCGCGCAUUGAACACAUACAGAUUACUUCUCAGCAAGUCUUAAAUUACGACAUUAGUCAUUGGAAAGAGUUAAUUUGGAAAGAAGAAAACCAGGCUAUUCUUAAAGAUUUUUUUGAUACACCAGCAACUAUUUUACUUCUAGUGUACUUCGAUAAGAAUGAUAAACUAACAUUUUCUAUAGAAUUACCAAAACGACCGCCAUUAUCCCCCAAAAUGUGUUUUUUCUUGAAAAAUAACAUUGUUAUUUCCAUGGAAAAUUAUAAAGAGGAAAUUAUCUUUGGAAAUAUUUGCGAUUUCCCUUUAAUACAAUAUCAAGAAUUAUUUGGAAAAGUUAUUGCACCAAUUUUCUGCAAUCCUAAAAAUAAUAGUAGGUGGCCUGAUGAAAUUGCACAAGAUAUUGGUAAUCAUUUUCAAGACUUCAAAACAAUCUUAUCGUACCACAUUGGCCUUGCAGAAGAGAAGACAUUCUUAAUGAUUCCUGAGCGUGCAAAAUUAAUUCAAAAUUUUGAUAUAGACGGAAUGUCUGAAAGUAAUAGCUUUGAUUGGAAGCUUCGAAAUAUUUUAAAUUCAAUCACAUGUAUGCUUUCUGAUUGGAUUCCUAUCGUUGAAGAAGUUUUAGAACUGACGCCUGAACAUAUCCUUUCCCAAAUUGAUCAAGGACCAAAUUCUGAAAUAUUGUUUUGGCAAGAAAGAAUGAAUAACUUAGAAUAUAUAUAUGCUCAAAUUAAUGAUCCACUUGUCCAGAAAAUGGCCUUAGCUCUUGAAAAGACAAAAAAUUGCCAUUUUCCUAAUUUCAAGUUAUUGCUUCAAGAAGUGGCUGAAGUUCCGUACCAGAUUUGA